UGCAACGAGCAGGCCUAUUCCCUGGCCGUUGAGAAGCUGCUCAACAUCCGCCCGCCCCUGAGGGCUCAGUGGAUCCGAGUCCUCUUCGCAGAGAUAACCCGGCUGCUCAACCACAUCAUGGCCGUGACCACGCACGCGCUGGACAUCGGGGCCAUGACCCCCUUCUUCUGGAUGUUUGAGGAGAGGGAGAAGAUGUUCGAGUUCUAUGAGCGGGUCUCAGGGGCGCGGAUGCACGCUGCCUACAUCCGCCCCGGUGGGGUGCACCAGGACCUGCCCCUGGGGCUGAUGGAUGACAUCUACGAGUUCGUGAAGAAUUUCUCCACGAGGAUCGACGAGGUGGAGGAGAUGCUCACGAACAACCGCAUCUGGAAGAACCGCACAGUCGACAUCGGGGUGAUAACGGCGGAGGAGGCUCUCAACUACGGGUUCAGCGGGGUGAUGCUGCGGGGCUCGGGGAUCCACUGGGAUCUGCGCAAGACCCAGCCCUACGACGUCUACGAUCAGUUGGAGUUCGACGUCCCCAUUGGCUCCCAGGGCGACUGCUAUGACAGGUACCUAUGCCGCGUGGAAGAGAUGCGACAGUCCCUCCGUAUCAUCCUGCAGUGCCUCAACAAGAUGCCUGAGGGGGAGAUCAAAGUGGACGACGCCAAAAUCUCCCCUCCAAAGCGGGCAGAGAUGAAGACCUCCAUGGAGUCCCUGAUCCAUCACUUCAAGCUCUACACGGAGGGCUACCAGGUGCCCCCCGGAGCCACCUACACAGCCAUCGAGGCCCCCAAG